AUGCCACGCUUCUGGCAGAGGCCGAGUAGCUCUCUGCCAGCGUCUCCUCAACCGCAACGCCGCAAGCGCCAAACCAAAGACCUCGGCACAGAUGAUGGCCGGGAAGCCUCCUUGCGGAUAUCGUGAGGACUAAAUGCUCAAAGUAUUCGAUUUGGCGGUGAGUGUACCGGGAUCGUGCGGCGAUGGUUGUUUUGGAGGACGCGGCGGCUGACUGAGGUUGUGUCGGGCAGGUGGAGCACCUGCGUCUCGUGGAGAUGUGCGUGUCCGUGUUUGUUGAGCAUUGCUGCAAGCAUUGCGCGACGGCUAGCGCGGACUGUCUGCGUCCGACGACGGAGAACCUCGCGUCCUACAGCCAUAUGGUUGCCCGUCGUGUAUGCUUGCGAAGCGAGUAUGCAGUGUCCCCAAAGAGGCCAAGGCCGCGGUUUCGGACAAGGUCGGUGGCACCACGGCAGUGAUACUCGGGUGA